UCGUAUACCGGAUAUUUCAGAUGAUUUGCGGCUGUUGUGAUCUAUUUAUCAAGUGUUGUUAUGUGAUUUUAAAGUGAUCAGUGAUUUAAUCAAUCCAAAAUUAUCUAAGACCGGAAGAGGUUUUUAACUAAUUCACAAUGUCGGGAUUAGAUCAGUUUUUCAGUGAUUUGUCGACAACCGACACUAAGAAGAAGCUUUCGCAUGGCGACAACAUUAUUAAUUAUUUGGAAAAGCAAGGUAGCAUCGACUGUGAGGAUACAGGGGCGUUCAUUGAUGGUCUUGUUCCGUGGAUGCAAAGUUCAAACUUUAAGGUUUCCCAGAAUGGUUUGGAUAUCCUGGGUCAUCUGAUUGACCGGCUUGGAUCAGAUUUUAGACCUUAUCUGAGGUAG